AUGGCGCAGGCAGUACCAAUCUACAAGGGUAGCGCAGAGCCACUGAUCGCUAUGACUGGCAAAACGCACAAUGACGAGUACUUCUUCGGUCCUGAUGGUCUCGGUGGAAAACCAGAUAACUUCCCCAAGGUAAUACCAGAAGAUUUCGAGAACUACGAUCAUUCGAAACCUGCAGCAUUGGCUCUAAUUGAUUUGUUCAAGCGGAAUCCGGAUGUUACGCUGGUUGCAAUAGGUCAAUUUCAGAGUAUUUAUGCGAAUUUCAUUCGAUUUUCGAUUCCAUCUGAAAGUUUUGGUUGGAUUUCGUUCUGA